AUGAAUUACGAAAAGCCAUCGUACAGACAUUUUAUCCAGUCUCGAUGCCAAACCAACCCUUGCAUCAUUGGAUUAGCGGAACAUGUAGGAUGUGGAUCUGGGGCUGCCAGUACAAUCGUUACUCUCGACUACCCUCAGAGCGGACCCCCGGCUCCAAGUCCUCUUACGAUAGCCGAGGCUAAUUUGGCCGAGCUGAUCUAUGCCACCUCUACAAUUCAUGGGCGGAUUCUGAUCGUAGAGAACAUUCGACCCCAUCUGAUCAGUCUUCUAGGUGAGAUCUUGGAUAUCGAUCCGAUCUUCUUCGCCGGCCACAUCACCACCGACUUCAAGGACAUUGAGAAAGCCCCGCCACCUCCGUCUCUCGCGUUGUUUCCAUCUCAGAUUGCUGAGAGGGGCUACCUUCAUCUCCAUUAUCAGCAGGUAUUGGAUUUGGGAAGCAUAGAUCCGUUCCGAUCUUCUUCGUACAGUCUAAAAUCGGACUCCAACAUCCCGCGAAAUAUCAGACGCCUACCCCAUCUAUCGGAACGACAGCUUGCUCUUGCCCGGGCGUGCUGUUCUGUUCUCGUGAAAAAGAUCAAGGGCUCAUGGAUUUGCCUAAUCCUGGUUGACCCUGCCGUCAAGACGAUUAUUGAGACACUACGUUCAGGCGACCAGAAAGCAUACCCAAGUAUGCUCUUACACGGGGGUUUCGAAGACUUUGUACAAUCGGCGUCCUUCGCAUCCUUCACAUCUGUCACCACCGAUCGCUCAUGGGAUAAGGAGUCGAUACUCAGCAGCUUAAUCCACUACUUCCGCAACCAGCCUCCCGGGUUCGCAGCAUCUGAACCUAGCAUCUUAAGCCUUGGUUACUACCCAAUACGCAUCGUCUUAGCUGAGUGGAUCCUCUACACGCACCUAAUGAGCCGCUACUUCAAAUACUACGAAUAUACUCUGCACGGCAUCGAGAACCGAUUGCAUGACAGCGACAUCAUUGACCUCCAGCGUUGGCGUCGUCGGAGUAUGCAGAGCCAACACAAACUGAUUCUUCUUUCCGAGUUCGUCGACUACUGGUUGCCGCAGGAAGCCGACAAGCAGCCGUGGAAUCUGAUACGGAAGGAUAUCAAGCACGUGUUGUCACAGAUAGAGCAUUAUCACCGCUCGCUCGAGCACACGGUCCCAGUGGCAACAUCGAUGGUGCAGCUGCUCGACUCGCGGCGCUGGAUGCUAGAGGCUGCCAACGUUAGCCGGCUGACUUUUAUCGCGCUAGUGUUUGUGCCGCUAUCUUGGGUCGCCAGCGUGUUCAGCAUGUCUGAGAAUUACUCUCCGGGGCAUGAGAAUUUCUGGGUGUAUUUUGCUACUGCAUUACCGGUGUUGUUUCUUGUCUUGAUUCUGUCAGCUGUCCAAUGGGACCAAGUUGUGGGAAAGCUGAAAGAGACGGCGGCAUUGUUGAGUCAAUAG